AGCUAGCUCGGAGCGACACAUGGUAUAACAUUAAAUGGAUGUGGAGAGCAAAAAGUAAGAAGUCGCACUAGUGCCUACCGAUUCAAAUCAGGUCGUUGACUUCCAAACAAAAUCAAAGCUUUUGACGAGUCACUGCUUCACGAUUUUUCUCUAAUACAAUCGAAACAGUGUAGAACUUCUAAUCAAAUCUACAUAUUGAGCGGCUAGCGUUCUAAUGCAUAUUGCAUGAGGCGUAAUUUGGGCACACGUAAACGCCAAAUCAGUCACAAUGUUUUCGGGCCAAUUUAAACCGGCACCUUUCAACGGAAUCGUUGAAAGUUACCAUAACUAAACCGUUCAGUUCAAUUACAAAACAUCGACGAAGUAAGGCGGGAACAAUUUUGCGCUUUGACUCACUCAAGAUGAAUUCGAUUCCUCGGAAAAGCAUUCCGGAGACAUUUGCCGGAGCUGACGUGUUCAUAACCGGAGGUUCCGGAUUCAUGGGCAAGGUGUUGAUCGAGAAGUUGCUAAGAUCUUGCCCCAAAGUUGGAAACGUGUUUGUAUUGCUGAGGCCACGCAAGGGAAAGCUAGCCAAGGAACGAGUUGCUGAUUUGGUCCAAGCACCGUUGUUCAACAAACUUCGCGAAGAACGAUCAAAUUUGUUCCAGAAAAUAAUCCCAAUUGAUGGAGAUUGUUCACAACUUAGACUGGGUCUACAAGAUGAGAGCAUCAGGCGGAUGAGCAAUGUUCAUUUUGUGUUUCACGCGGCGGCUAGUGUACGAUUUGAUGAUCCGUUGGACAAGGCGUUACUGUUGAAUACCCGAGGAACACAUGAAGUCUUACGUUGGGCGAAGACUUUACAGAACUUGAAGGCGUUGGUGCACAUUUCCACCACCUAUUCCAAUCCAGAGAUAGCACACGUAGAGGAAAAGAUAUAUCCUGCUAAAAUGGAUUGGAGACAGGCCAUCGAACUGGUGGAGAAGGUUGACCCCGAUGUUCUGAACACGUUAGCCGAGAAAUUGUCAGGCUUCGCUCCCAAUACGUAUACUUUUACAAAAGGUCUUGCGGAACAGAUUUGCUACGAUUACCGUCACGAGCUACCGUUGGUGAUCUUCCGACCUUCUAUUGUGAUCAACACUGAGACGGAACCUAUGCCGGGUUGGAUCGAGAACUACAACGGACCGGCCGGUAUCCUGUCAGCUCACGCUGCUGGUAUCCUUCGAACUCUAUACGUCAGCAUGGAUUGUCAUAUGAAUUGCAUCCCGGCGGAUGUCAGUAUAAAGGCCAUCAUCAUAGCUGCAUGGAAGAAAUCCUUCAGUCCGAGGGACGAUCUGGUCAUCUACAACAGCGCUGCAGAACCCGACAAAGCCAUGGGCUAUGAAUUUCUGUAUGAAGAAUCCGACUACUUUUCCCACCGAAUUCCGAUGCUGAAGAUGAUGUGGGCUCCUACAGGACAGGCCACUACCAACAGUACUUUGUUCUGUGUGCUGUUCUUUUUGUACCAAGUUAUACCAGCGUAUUUCGUCGAUGUUGUUCUAAAACUCUGCAAAAUGAAGCCAUUCCUCCUCAAACUGCAACGUUCGAUCUUCCACGCCCAAAACUCGCUGAUGUACUUCACCACCCAUGAUUGGAUAUUCGACACUCACAACUUCCGUAGUCUAUCCAAGGACCUGGGCGAGCUGGACAAAAUCCACUUCGACAUUGCCUACAUCAAGCAGGGACUGCUGGAGUACUGUAGUCUAUGUAUGCUGGGUGGCAGGCGGUACCUGUUCAAGGAAAGCGACGACUCCAUCAUGAUAGCUUUCAAGCGUUUGAAACGGUUCGAACUGGCUGAUAGGUUGCUAAAACUGGCCAUGUUCGUGGGGUUUGCCUACGUGCUGCGGAGUUAUUUGCCGGAAAGCUGGCUACAACAUGAGCAUUUGAGAACUAAUUGAAUAGUGUUCCAACCGAUAUCAACACAUUCAACUAUAAGUUAAAUUUCUUAGCUUAAUUUUACAACAAAAAAAAAACAAAAAUGGUCUGGUGAUCGAUCACCAACUGUUAUAUCACAUGGUAAAAGUAACCUAUUUAACUACAAUGGAACUUCACACUUCAUGACUUUUCAGUGUAAUGCAUUUUUUUUUUUCCUCAUCUGUAGAGCCUUUUAACCACUGCGUCCAUUAUUUAGGAAUUAUUUAGUGUAAUGCAUAGUAGAAGAGUUUCUUUUUUUUAGUAAUGAUCAUCUCUGACAUCUCUAAGCCUGCCUCUGUCUCUACCUACGGCCAUACACGCCUUUUUUUCUAAUGUGAAGAAUCAUGCUUGUUCCCGCUGUCCCACCCUUUUUUUCGGAGUCCCAUACAGUUUCAAUAAACAAUAAAACCACCAGACGUUUAACAGCCAAGUUAGGCAUAAUUGCGCAGUGAACCAAUUUGGCUGAUGUUUACGAAAUUACGUGAAUUUAUGUAUUAAAUUGAUUGAGUUCCGUUCAUAACAUCAAAAGUGACAGAUAUUAAAUUCGACCAAGGGAUAAUUCCCCAAGUAACAAUUUUUUUGCUGAUUGGUUUUGUUUUAUUUUUAUUAGGGUUUUAUUACAGCAAUAAUUAAAACUCGCAGUUUUAUGACUGCUUGUAUGAAAACCAUUGAUAAAAUGUUUUAUAGUAUACUUGAAGAUAUCCAUAAAGACAGAUUUUAAGAGUAAACAAAACUUUCCGAUUUGUAAACCUUCUGGCAAUCAUUAUUACCACAAAAAAACUGUUAAAACUCUCAACAGAUGGCGAUCCGUUCGAUUAGUAACGACAUCUGUUGGUGGAAAAGUAGAACUACGACAUUUCUAGGUUUAUUGCGGUCAUCAUAAAAGUAAACUUGCUUUCGUUUUAUUUUCGCUGAUUAUGGUUGUCGCCAUAUUGAAGAAUUAUCUAACGUGAAUGGAAAAUAGUUAAUUUUGCUCAAAUUAGCAAUGAAUUGAUAGUUUGCCUCCAUUUCCAUAACAUGCUCACAUAAAUAAACUCUCUCUGCUGAGUUUUCUUGUGAUUCGGGAUAGUUUUACUAAAUAAACAAAUUGAUUUAUUUCAUUCCAUGAUGAUAAUAUUCACUAUUUUUGAAGCGCAUUAAUUUUAUGAUUCUGCCACCCCAAUAUUCACGGUAAAUUCGAAUGCGCAUAAGCCUACCAGCACAAUAACUACUAAAAUACUACUUUGAAAUAAUCGCUUUCUACUUACGAAUGAUGUAUCCUCCUGAACUUUACGUGCCAUCGAAGAAGCUUCUCUGAAUCUUGAGCUGUUAUAGUUUUUGUUAAAAAAAAACAACAACAAUCGAGAAUGGGAAAUUUUUCUACUAGGUUUUAAAACGGUUUUAUUGCUCUUAAUGCGGUUUACAAAACCUCUCAGAGAGUGGUCCACUUAGCCGGAAGAUGCUCUUAAAGAGGUUAUCAAGAGGUUUUGAUGUAUAAAUCAGUUUUAUUGCGAGUUUUAUAAAAUUGGUCAUGAAGAUCUCUUGUAGAGCCGAACAGAACUUAAAAUGUUACUUGGGUC